UGUAGCUUGAUCUUGCCACUGUUCAGCGAUCCAUAUCCGAGGGCCCGAUAUGCGGCUUGUCAAUGCGUGUACGUCCUCUUCUUAACCCUCCGUUUUUCUCCCAGCGGAGUCCAUCAGCAGCUGUUCUCAGUACUCAUCCCUACGCUCGAGGCUCCCGAGUCGAGAGUGCACGCCCACGCCGCAGCUGCCCUCAUCAACUUCUGUGAAGGCGUCGAGCGCGACACGCUCAUCCCUUACCUCGGUCCUAUAGUCGAGCGGCUCCUCAAGCUUCUUAUUCCUGCUGGCUUCUCUCCUGCGAACGCGGAUGCGAAUGGGGCUGGGAACGAGAAUGGGACGGGCGUGAAGAGAUAUAUGCAAGAGCAAGUGAUUACGACGUUGGCGAUGGUUGCAGAUGCGAGUGAGGAUGCGUUCGCGAAGGUGAAUUUUUCUCUGUUUCGCUUUGCGUCGGUGGUCGAAGUUGUGGGUUGGAGUUGUGUUGUUGACGUUGUAUUUUUUUCUCGUGUCGGGUGGCGUUGUGCCUGGCUGGAUGGAUCGUGGUCGAAAUAG